AUCAGAAAUCAGACUUCAAAAUCGGAUUCCGCUUCAAUUUAACUCCAAAAGAAAGAGAUCUCUUUCCCCGUUUGGCUUCUGUUAAUUCUUACAGCAUGCAGAAAGUGAGAGGAGAGAAUUAAACAGAAGAAAGUCACACCUCCGUUACUCUCUCUCUCUCUCUCUCUCUCACACACAAGCACCUUUUCUAGAGAGAGAAAGCCAACAGACAUGCAAAACCCAACCGCUGAUGAUUAUCAUCAAUGCCCAUCAUCAGCGGCGGCCCACCCAAAUCCCAUGAAACCACCGCCAUCACUACUUCACUUAUAUCUCUCUUUGUUUUGUCUCCUCUCCUGAAUUUAUUCAACUGUUCUUCUCUGUGCUUUCUCAUGGCGGAGGUUGAAUUCGAGGCGGUGUUGGAAUUCCUGAGGAAGAAUGGCUUAUCGGAGUGUGAAUCAGCUCUCAUGGAGGACAUCAUUGAUAAAUCUCGAAUUGGCUCUUCCGAUUUUGACAAUUUAUUCUUUCCCACGGUGCCGCCGCUCAGAAUUCCGGCCACCGGGAAGCCGCCGCCGCCGCCGCAGGAGUUCAGUUUUCAUGGCGGCGAGAGCUCAAUUGGAUCCUCCGACGAUGAGUUCGUGAGUUUGGGUUCUUCCACUACUGAAUUAUCACCUUCUGCAGAUUUUAUAAAUCCGUACGGGUUUCGUGUCGCGCGAACGGCUUCUCAAGCUUCGUCCGAUAGGCUAUCUGAUCAGUUCGGUACGGCUCGUGAUUACCCCGAUUUCGAUAUGCAGAACGACUUAUUUUGGUAUAAGCAGAAAGAUGAAGACUAUGAUUUUGAUAUCGACACGAGCGAAGAUAAGUUUAUAACGACUACUACGCAAACAGGGGAAUUAUCUCCCGAGAAAUUUCGACUCGAAAAAAGUGAUACAAAGUGUGAAGAACCACACGAGACCGAAGAUGAAGAAGAAGGUCGUGCUAUCUUCGAAGAUAAAGAAGACAACUACGAAAUAUUCAACCUAAGAAUCAUACAUAGAAAAAACAGGACAGGAUUCGAGGAGAAUAAGGAGCUUCCGAUUGUCUUGAAUACUGUUAUAGCGGGUCGAUAUUUUGUCACUGAAUUCCUCGGCUCUGCUGCCUUCAGCAGAGUCGUACGGGCACACGAUCUUUAUUUAGGAAUCGAUAUUUGUUUAAAGAUAAUCAAGAAUAACAAAGAUUUUCUCGAUCAAUGCUUAGACGAAAUCAAACUGUUGAAGUUCGUCAACAAGCACGAUCCUGCAGAUGAACACCACAUUUUACGUCUCCACGAUUAUUUCUAUCAUAAGGAGCAUCUAUUUAUAGUAACCGAGCUUCUUCGAGCAAACUUGUACGAAUUCCAGAAAUACAACCAGGAAUCUGGCGCCGAGCCGUAUUUUACAAUGCACAGGCUGCAGGCGAUAACUCGGCAGUGCCUCGAGGCGUUAUUGUACCUGCACGAAUUGGGAAUUGUACACUGUGACUUAAAGCCGGAAAAUAUUCUGAUAAAAAGUUAUGGAAAAUGCGAAAUAAAGGUUAUUGAUCUUGGUAGCAGUUGUUUUCAGACAGAUAAUUUGUCUAUGUACAUACAAUCUCGUUCUUAUAGAGCGCCUGAGGUUAUGUUAGGUCUACCUUAUGACCAGAAAAUCGACUUAUGGUCAGUCGGGUGCAUUUUGGCCGAGUUAUAUUCUGGAGAGGUGCUUUUUCCGAACGAAGGAGUUGCAAUGCUUCUUGCACGAAUGGUAGGAAUGAUUGGUCCGAUUGACGUGGAUAUGUUAGACAAUGGCCUCGAUACGCACAAGUAUUUUACGAAAGAAUAUGACAUGUAUCAAAUUAAUGAGGACACAAAUCGACUGGAGUAUAUUAUCCCCGACGAGUCAUCAUUGGAGGACCAUCUGCAAAUAACGGAUUAUUUGUUCGCUGAUUUUUUGAAAUACUUACUUCAAAUUGAUCCGAAGAAACGGCCUAGUGCAAGAGUGGCGUUGGAUCACCCUUGGCUUUCUCAUACAUACGAUAUAUAAGUCGAAUUAUAUUUGCUUAAAUCUUAUCGUAUAUGUACAUAACAUUGAUCUUAUUGAUAUUCGAGAUGAAACAUCCUCAAACCACAUGAAACAAUUUUACGUGUUUUCGAAUAUCGGGUGUUUGUGUUAAACUAAGUGAGUAGUAACCGAAUAACGAUCGAUUUUAAAUCGAGUACCGUGUAAUUCAAUUUCGGAAUCCAGUCACACUGAUUAGUUGUACCUAAUAAAAGCUAAAAUAAAUGACU